AGGCACAUGUAGCCUCCAAACUCACUUCACUCUUUCUCCACUAGCGUUUUCUUAACAUGUUUAAAUGAAUGCAUUUCCUACUCCGUCUAAAUGUAGUGUGAGUGUGGAUAACGGAGACUAAGAAACCAAAAGGAAGAUGUUCCAUUCCUAACGUUGAGUUUUUGACGCUAGCGUUUCUUUCAGCGUUCGCACGCACGGAGCGUCUGUAGUGAGUGACGCGCGACUGUUACUCAUAUAUCGGACAGUAAAUGCAGUGAGGAUGACAACUGGAAGUGUUGGAAACUGAACACUGGAGAAUCCAGCAUUGCUUAGUACAUUACAAUAUGGGAAGCCAAGCGUCCAGACGCGCUGUUUAGUCAAAGCAAGCAGGACUACUCACUGAUGCGCACGAGCUGGGAAAACUGUUGAUCCUUUUCAUCAAAAGUGGGAUAUUAGGAUUGGAAACGGAGUACGUACAUUGGCUGCGUUACUUUUGAUGUCUCCGAUCAGCACAGCUGUAAAGGUUUCAACUUCCUGUGAUAUAAUCACACCAUGCCUGAGGGAGCGGGCCGCGACAGCCAGAAAAAAAACAGCAACCAAGCUGCCAAGCGCCCCUCCUCCGUGUCCUCGCUGAGUGGGAUCGUGAGCCGUAUGGCCUCCUCAGGGGGCGCAUCCCGCGGGAGCUGCACCUCUGUUAACACGGUGUGCUCUGACAGUGACCGCGGAGCCAGUCUCAGCUCCUCUGCUUCGUCCGCCUCACUGCAGGAUGGACACUCUUCCUCUUCCUCCUCAUCACUCCCCUACGGAGCCGUGCCGACCUACCCCGGGCCACAGCGCAAUGGCUCCGACAUCAGCCUGGACCUCACCCCUCUCUCCCUGCUGACAGGAGCCGGUCCCCUCCGUGCCUCCACAACACCGCUGCCCAAACUCACUCGUCUGGAGAGGGUGGCGCUGGAGAUAGUGGAGACAGAGCAGGCCUACGUGAGGGACCUCAAGAGCAUUGUGGAGGACUAUCUUGGCUGCAUUAUUGACUGUGGCGACUUGCCUCUCAAACCCGAGGAGGUCAGCACCCUCUUCUGCAACAUUGAGGACAUCUAUGAGUUUAACAGUGAGCUUUUAGAAGAUCUGGAACGUAGUCCACAUGCAGCAGCCAUAGCAGAGUGCUUUGUGGAGAGGAGUGAAGCUUUUGACAUUUACACCAUAUACUGCAUGAAUUACCCAAACUCAGUAACAGUCCUGCGGGACUGCAUGAAGAACGAGAGCCUGGUGCGCUUCUUCCAGGAAAGGCAGGCCACUCUGUGUCACUCAUUGCCUCUGGAGACUUACCUGCUAAAACCGGUGCAAAGGAUUCUUAAAUACCACCUCCUGCUGCAGGAACUAUCCAAACACUUUGAUAAAAGUGAUCCUGGGUAUGAGGUGGUGGAAGAUGCCAUUAUAACCAUGACAGCUGUUGCCUGGUACAUCAAUGACAUGAAGAGGAAACAGGAACAUGCAGUCAGACUGCAGGAGAUUGAGAGCUUGUUGCUGAACUGGACUGGGCCUGAUCUCAGUGGUUUUGGAGAGCUGGUACUUGAAGGCUCCUUCCGAGUUCAGCGUGUGAAAAAGGAAAGAGCAUUCUUUCUUUUUGACAAAAUGCUUCUCAUUGCCAAGAAGAGGCUGGAUCAUUUUAUAUACAGCACUCACAUCUUUUGCUGUAAUCUGCUCUUAGUGGAAAGCAUGAAGGAUCCCCUCUGUUUUAAGGUGUCUGACCAAACGAUCCCAAAACAGCAACACAUUGUUCAGGCUAAAAACCAGGAGGAGAAGCGGCUGUGGCUACAUUACCUCAAAAGGAUGAUAGUGGAAAACCAUCCUGCAUCCUUACCCCAAAAAGCAAGACAGGUUCUUGGUGACAACUUCUGUCAAUCUCCACAGUUUGAUCAGCAGCCAAUAAGAAAACAAAUGCCUUCUCCACGACUGGACGAUGUUCAUAACUACCACAGAGGAAGAAGGCAAUCAGAGCCACCAGAGUUCAUCUACACCCCUGAGAAAGCCAAGAAAAGCCUUCCACUCCUCCUUGAGGGUAGCCUGCCAUACAAGCGUGGGAGGAGACAGUCUGCACCUGCCAAAGAUAUUGAAGUUGCGUUCCAGCAAAGUGGUUCUUUAAAGGCUGGCAGUGAAGGGGAGUUGUGCCCACAGGCUGAUAGCAUGGGCUCAUCAGGCAGUACCAGCACUCUGGCAUCCUCUGUCAUUGAAGUUGAAUCUGGCCGUGAUGAUCUGGCUUUAUGUCAGGACGAGGAUGACAUGACCCCACUCGCUCCACCACCAACACUGUCCAUUACUGAGGAAAUCAUGCAGUUCAUUAAUGAGAGCCGUGCUCGACAAGGCAUGGCGGAGUUAACAUCUGAAGUGUUGACUCCAGAGUCCCCGGAAGUCCAGCCAUCAGAGCCACAGCAGCUAGAUGAAUCCAAACCACUAAUAGCUGAGGUGGAUGAAAAUAAAUAUCAGACCAAUGAUACCGAAAGAUCAGAACCAGUAGAAAUGCUGGUAGAUGGGUCAGACAAAGAAGAGGACAGCCAUCCAUCCUGUGAAGCGAAUGUUGCUCCAGCAGAGGAGCAUGAGAAAUCAUCAUCACUACUGCACACCUCCAAAGAAGUGAAUCAAUCAGGAGAGUUGACAUUACCAGAGCCCAGUCAUAGUGAACCAUCAAAACCAGAAAUGGUGAAGGUCACAGGUGAAAAGGGGGAAAAAGACACAGAGGACUCUGUUAGUGAAAGUGCAGAACCUCAUUUAUCUGACAAUUUGGACAAAACCACUGAUGACAUAGCAUGUGCGGCUAAGUCAGCUUGUGCUCACAUUGCUACUGCAUUAAAAGCAACUGACAGCUCUCUUGUCCCCAAAGCAGAACCUGAGCAAAAACUAACCAAAAGUGACAAGCAAAUUAUUGAGAAGAUACGCAGCUAUUAUGAGGCAGCGGAGGCAGGUGUCGAGGAGGGUCAGACAGCCCGAAGAAACAGCUUCUCUCAUAUUCCUGCUGGAUUAGUGAAAGAUUCGGUGUCUCGAUUCAAUGUUUGUGUUCGCCAAGACAGUCUACUUGAGCCUGAGAGUAGCCGCUCAGACUGUGUUGAAACUGACGCAGCAUCUUCAUUACUCCCAACAUCAGACCAAGUUGACCAGAAUCUCAACCAUGAGGAAUCUGUUGAUACAGCCAUUUCUCUUGCACAUUCAGAUGUUAUCCAAGAACAAAAAGAAUUAUUAAACAACAAGACUGCAGAUCAAAAGGAUGAAGAUAUUUGUGAGUUCAGUCCCUGUAUGGAACUCUGGAAGGAGAAGGAAAGAACUGGCCAAGAAUCUCUGAAAGUCCCUUUCUCAAUGGAAAAGAGCCGUGGUGAAGAUACAGUUGCUUCUGAGGAAAACAAGACAUUCCUAAAUUGCACAACAACCCAGGUGCAUCAUAAACUUGAUCAUUCACAGUGCUAUCCAGACACUUCAGACAUAUCUAAUCUGCAGACGAAAGAGACAGCGGAUACAUCUCUUCAAUAUAGAAGUAGAACAAGAGCUAGCAUGUCCUCUCAUGGAAACCUGGAUAGCCUUCCCAAUCAGAUUAAAGUUGGCCGAUGGUCUCGUCAUGGCAAGGUGGUAACGUGUAGUCAUACCCUUUAUGAAGGAAUGGAAGAGGUACCAGAUUUAGGUUUUUUUGAUGGUGGACCAGUCAAUCAAUGCUUGGUAGAAAACUCAGAAAAGAUUCUUAAUAAAGUGCAAAUGCUUGCACGCAUGUACACAGCAAAAGCAAGCAGCAUGAAAGUACCACUACACCAGAAGAAAACACGAGUGAGUAGGCCAGCAUGGUCAGUGGAGGGAAAAGGGAGCACUUCACCCAAGUCUCGGCAAGUACAGCUACACCAGGGGGAUAUAAGGAUCCUAAAUCAGCCCACGGAAGAAUCUUCAGUAUCAACACCUCCUGAACCUUUUGGUCACAUAAUUUUAAGGGAGAAGUUGUCUACAACAUAUCACCAAGAAAAUGAUUGUAAUCUCAUUGGGCCCCCAGAUGAGAUCUCUACAAAUGUAUCUAAUUCACUGUAUUUUUCAUCUGCUGAAUCCUCUGCUACUUCAGUUAAAAUAUUAACAACUGUUGUGGAAUCACAGAUUUCUGUGAUAUCAGAUCACAGAGAAAGCUCCUUAGAAAAAUGUGAGUCUAAACUACAUGAAGGAGAUCAAUCCUUGUCAGCUUGCGCUGGAACUCAAAUCCAAGCUGAGCCAGAAGUGCCAUCCAAACUAGCCGGAUUUCCAUUGGACGAGCAUGCUGACAAUGUACUACAGUCUGUUCCGGAGAAUCAUUUAUAUGCUGUGGACAAAUCCACUGCAAUAAAUAGGACUGAAGAAGGACCGAUAUUGCAAGAGGAGAACCUGGUUUUUGUGAGCAAUUCUGUUCCAGUUAGUGAACUUUUUACUGACCCAGUAAUCAUUAAACAUUUAGAAGAAGAGACUCACAGUGUAGAGGAGAAAAGGGGCUUAACUGUACAGCACUGUAAAAGCAUAUUGUCCAUAGAUGAUAAACAAGAUGAAAUACAUACAGGACAUAUGAAUUCCAAGCAGGACCGAGCUGAUAUUGAAACCACUAGCAUGAAGGAAAUAACACCUGUAGUGUCCACUGUUAGCGAAGUUGGAGCAUGUCCCCCAUUACAGCCAGCACCCUGUGUUCUAAACACUGUAGUUGUCUCUGAAGGAUCAGAGCUUUCGUACCCUGUAGCCCAGGAGGUUACAACAAGCCCUACACAACUGAUGCCUCUGCUUGGUUCAUGUGGCAAGUGUAGUCCACUGGAUGUUAAAUCCAAAGAAGACCUAAGCAAUAAUUCAAAGACUUUGAGCCCACCCUGUACACCCCUUGUAGGUGGACCUCCUUUGGAUGAGCUUCCAAGGUUUACUAGCCAAAGACCUUCCAAUCUACCCUCCGCCACAGGAAAGAGAAGUCCCUUCACCAAUUGGAAUCCAUCAUCUCCAGCCACUCAGAGAGUGCCACAUACUUCAUUGCAGACUGAGGAACAGAUUCAGGAUGCUUCAGCUUCUGGCCUUUCUACUCACAGACCAUCUUUUUCUCAGGCUCCUAAUGAUAAGCCUUCAGACAUUCCUUUUGGUUGUGGACGUCCAUUAGAUGCAAAGCCACCAUCUGCCUUUAGCCCAAACCUGCGAAUGCGGUCACCCUCUCCAAUUAGAAGUGCCCAGAACUCCAGAUUGUCCUCAACGGACUCAGCUCUUACAAAGUCUCUUGCUGCCUCUUGUAUCAGUCAGACAAUUUCCCAAACCAUGGCCAAGAGAGGUGCACAUCUUCAGACUGCUUCCCCAUCUGUAAGCUCUUCUCCUCUGCCCACAUCUUCUGUAAGGUUAAGGUCACCAUCACCCAAACCCAUCACCUUCGACUCAAGUGCAGAGUCAGGUUUUAGGAAUACAUCCAGCACCGGGGUAGGGAGUCAACCCCUAAGGUCUUGUCCAUCCCCAGUCAGAUCGAACAGUCUUCGAUCUAGUCCAGCAACAGUUCAGACCCCUCCUCCUUACCGUAGUCAACGCUCAAUAUCCCCUGCACCUCCAGUUAGCCUCCAUUCAGCUCCAUCUCCUAACAGCAUAAACACUGCAGCUCUUGAACAGCCUUCUUACACCAGUUUAAAUGGUAAUAAUAACAAUAACAACAGUUUAAGUAAUAACGGCUGGGCCACUAACCAUAAAAAAGCACCACCCUCAAAUACGGGUGAACUCCCUCAUUUCCAUGAUCCUCAAAGAACAACCUUGCACAAUAGGGUUGCUCGUCCCUUUCCAUCCUCUGAGCCUAGCUCCCGUGUUCACUCCCCUUCUAUUUGCCCAUCUCCAGUCACCCGAAUCUGCUCCCCUCCACCUGCUCCAAUCCACUCCAGUCAUCUGGUAACAAAGCCACCAAAUCCCAGAGCCCCCAGGCAAGGUGGCUUUUUUAUCCCUCUAUCUUUGGAGAUCUCAAGAUCAACAUCAGCUUGUUCAUUAUCCCCUUGUGAGAGCCCCAGAAUCACCUCUCCACCCCCUAUUGGCAUUCCUGCAAGUGUAUGGGGUUUUGCUAAUCCGCAGCCAAGGAAUCCCUCAUUAACAAAUGCAUAUUCUCCAACAAAAGUGGAAACAAACUCUACUCAAAGAGGCACCAGAAUCAUCUCUCCUACCCCAAUGGGAACGUCUUCAUAUUCAGCAACCAACUCUCAGAGCCAGAGGAGGCUACGAGGAGCCAGUUUGCCCUUUGUUGCUCUAGGGGAUAGACCACCCAGUCCAACUAGACACGAAUGCAGGUCUUGGGCAGAAAGUGGACGAUGGUCAGUGGGUUCAGAAUUGGGGUUAAUAAGUCCUCAUGGGGGUUCAUACAGUGGCAGCCCAUCUUCUAUCAGCCCUGGCCCUCUUUCACCCGUUAGACUAACAACUGAAAGGACCACUCUUAGCGGAAAACAUUUCACAAGCAUCGCCUGGCCGGAUGUACAUGAUAUGUUGACUAAAUACAACACAGAGCCCUGUACUGAAACUGUUGCUUUGUCCUGCACCGAGACAGAGCAAGAUGACAUAGAGGCUGCAGAAUCGACUUGUCGGAGCACCCUGAUCUGUCCCUAUGUCGCUCCAGCUAACCCAAAUUUGAAAGAGAGUCCCAUUCAGUGCCCAAUCGAAGGCAAAACAGAAGAAAGUAUUCCUAAUCAAGGGUCCAAAACAACAUUAAAAACCAGUUAUGCCACCACUGUCAACUUACAGAUUGCCGGGAGUGGGAGGAUAGCGACUUUUAGCAAUGCACAAGUCAGCCUGACUCAGACACUGUCCCCUGUAGCAGACAGCCAGAGCAGGAGAAGGGUCAGCAUCAAUAGCUGCAACUUCUCAAUGCAGAACUGCAAAAGGCUUUGAGUGGUGUGCUCCUGGGGUCUGGUAUGGUGCCUCGUUCUUCAAAGACACGUUAUCUGGCACUUUAGCGUGUAGCAGAGGUGUCAGCUUAGAGAUCCAUGUCCACUCCACACAGACAAAAAAAAAUCAUGGACUAUAAAAUACGGGUCUCAGCCAGUUUAUGCUAUGGUCAGUGAUUUUUUUAAAUUUUUUAUCCUCAACCCUACUUUCUGGCCAGGAUACCAGUAAAACAUCAGUAAAAAACUGCUUUGCUAUAUUUGGCAGUGUUUAUUUUAUUGCUUUUAAGACUGUCAUAUGCAAAUGUAUUAUAUGUAAUAGAACUAAAGCCUGUGUCAUUAAAGGCUUUCAGUUGGCUGUGAUAUAUAAAGGAACUUAUUUAUGAAGUAGUUGUUUUCUGGCACUUAACUCUUGUUUCUUUGUUUUGCACAUUUUUCUCUAAUGUGGUCCAGACGUGUCUGGAAAACAGUGUGUUUCAGACAAAACAUUCUCGUGUAUGUUAAAAUAAAUUUUUAUUGCCAGUGUUCUAUAUGGAUUUGGUUAAUAAUACAUUUGAAAACAAGGGGACAUGAAUCGCUGCUUUGAUUGUUAAUACAAACAUCAAAACAUCUGAUCUGAUAUUUUGCGUUGAUGAAAAUGUUUGCUGUACACAAUGAAAAAGCAUUCCAUCACACCCAAGAAAAGUAUUCUGGUGUGGACUAAGACAAGGUAAUGCUGAUCAAAUGGACUCUUGAUUUUGUUUUAAUUUUUAGUGUAUUUUUAAUGUAAUACAUUGUUGAUUUCUAAAGGAGAUUGUCACAAUCAAUGAAUGCUUAAGCCAACUGAACCUAUAUCUCAGAUUUGUUUACCUAAGGCCUUUAUGCUUCACACCCUGCCUGCUAGAGAUGGUGCAAAGAAAACAAAUGUUCACACCUGCUCUCUGUACUUCCUGUCAAAAAAAAAAAUCCACGAUUUUCACACUGUAUGGAAAAUGUGUUCUGUUAUUUGUACCCAAAUAAAACCAGCAU